AAAGAUCAAGCUUAUCAGAAAAGAAGUCUCGAAUUUACCUGAGGAGAUUCUGAAGAACAAUAGCCUCGUUGUUGUAUUCACUCCUAAGAAUCCAGUUGAAAGAAAACCAUUGACAACUGGUAAAAUAAUUGUAGGUUUUAAGGAGGAGACAAACUGGUUAAUUAGUAAGCUCACCAGUGGACCGAAAGAUCUAGAUGUCAUCUCAAUCACUGGUAUGCCGGGUUCGGGCAAAACUACUUUGGCAUACAAAGUAUACAAUGAUGAAUCAUCCAGUGAGGAUAUUGAUGUUGCCGAAAAGCUGAGGAAACAAUUAUAUGGAAAGAGAUAUCUAAUUGUGUUAGAUGACAUGUGGGAUACUACUACAUGGAAUGAUCUAACAAGACCUUUCCCUGAAGCUGAGAAAGGAAGUUUGGAAAAGAAAAAGGCUGUGUGGAUUGAAGUUCGAAAUAAUUUGAAUUCUUUUAUUUUCGGCAGUGAAGUGGAUGUGAUGAAAGUUAUAGAAUUAAGUUAUGACCAUUUACCUCAUCACAUGAAGCCACGCAUUCUCUACCUUGCAUCUUUUCCAAAGGACACUGCAAUGGAUAGAGUUAUGUUGAAAAUGUAUUGGCGUGCUGAAGGGAUUGUUGAACAAACAGAGAUGAAGAGUUUGGAAGAAGAGAUGGGAAUUUAUUUGGAUAAAUUAAUUUCCAGUAGCUUGGUAAUUGCUUUCAAUGAGAUAGGUGAUUACUCGAGUUGCCAACUUCAUGCUCUUGUGCAUGACUUUUGUUUGAUAAAAGCAAGAGAGGAAAAGUGGUUUGUCCAGAUAAGUUCAAGUGACCCAUCUUCUUCUUCAGAUUUGAUGGCAAGCAUAGUGAUCAUUAAUUAUGAUAAGGAGCACUUUAAGCCUAACAAUUUCGUCCUUCUCAAUUCAAUAAAGAAAAGGCAUUCUGGUAAGCACCUCUGUUCUUCGGCGAUAACUGGAGACAAGAUAGAAGAUCGUCUUCCUGAUGCAUGUCACCUAAGAGACUUGAGGCUUCUUAGAGUGUUGGACCUGAGUCCCUCUUUUAUGAUG